AUGACGCACCAGCAAAACGACACUUCUCCUGAAAAGCAGGAGGCUAGGUCUGAUGCCACAGAAGAAAUUGCGUAUAGUGCACCAGUGAAUGGGGGUCUGCAGGCCUGGCUACAGGUGGCAGGGUCUUUUUUCCUAUUUUUUAAUUCAUGGGGAACGGUGAACACAUUUGGUGUCUUCCAAACUUACUAUGAAAUCGGACUGGUCAAGGACCAAUCCAGCUCGAAUAUCUCCUGGAUUGGCGCCAUACAGGCAUUUCUCUUGCUCGUGGUCGGUGUAAUCACUGGCCCUCUCUAUGAUUCCGGAUACUUUUACGGCUUAGUGGCCACAGGGUCUAUCCUGGUUGUGGUUGGCUUCAUGGCUUUAAGUGUGUGCACAGACUACUGGCAGGUGCUUCUUGCCCAAGCCUUCUGCGUUGGCAUUGGUAAUGGAUGCUUGUAUAUUCCCUCUGUGGCCAUUAUUCCACAGUACUUCUCAUCUCGCAGAGCGAUUGCCACGGCCGUUGCCGCGUCCGGAAGUAGCCUUGGAGGAGUAUUGUACCCGAUUGUCUUUCGGCAACUGCAGCCUCAUAUCGGGUUUGGGUGGGCCACUCGCGUGCUGGGUUUCCUGGUUCUUGCAACGACAUCAUUCUCACUCAGCGUUAUGCGCGUUGGCCAAGUUCCAAAGCAAAGGCGCGUUUUAACCGAAUUCUCUGCGUUCAAGGAGGUCCCGUAUACGCUGUUCUGUAUGGCGAUGUUCUUUGGCUAUGCUGGCUUCUUCAAUCCGAUCUUCUACAUUGAAGCGUAUGCUAUCCAAAAGCAUGCCAUGGGAGAGGCGCUUGCAUUCUACCUUGUCUCGAUCCUAAAUGCCGCCUCAGUUCCGGGUCGGAUUGUUCCUGGCCUUCUUGGCUUGCGUUUUGGUCCGUUAAAUAUUCUUCUAGGAAGUGCAAUCAUCAGCGGCAUCCUUUCACUCUGCUGGAUAGCCAUCUCUAACGCGGGCGGCCUAAUAGCGUUGGCCGUCUUGUACGGCUUUUUCUCCGGCGCUUUCGUCUCACUCCCAGCGGUUGCAUUGACGGCCUUGACACCAAAUCUCCAGACACUUGGAACUCGAAUGGGAAUGUGCUCUCUGUUGUGUGGUUUUGGAUCUCUGUGCGGUGCGCCGGUUGCAGGCGCCAUCCUGGACGAUACGCGAUCGUAUCUGGGGGUUCAGCUAUACUCGGGGCUCACCAUCGGUACGACGGGUGUUCUCCUCUUUUGCGCAAGUCUUCUUAAGGAAAGAACGAAUUAG